AUGUCAGGUGAGUACGUUUUGUCAACAUCUAGAAACCUAUUGAAGAUACAAAAUCUAUACCUAUUUCUAAGAGGUAACACAACAAUUAUUUAUGCUUGUGAAAUUGUUUGCAUUAAAAAAUGAACAAAAAUUAUAUAAUUAUUUGAAGUGAUGAAUAGAGUUGAAAAAGAUAGACGUUGGAUUACCGUACUCAAUUUGUGACCUAAUUUAAAACUUUUGCUAAUAAUAUAGUAUAAACUUCUAGUAUGAACUUAUGUGCACUCUCUAGUAUAGACUACUUACAGGGCUCUCCAACCCUGUUCCUGGAGAGCUACCCUCCUUUAGGUUUUCAAUCCAACCCCAGUUGUAACUAACCUGAUUCAGUUUAUCAACCAGCUAAUUAUUAGAAUCAGGUGUGCUAGAUUAGGGUUGGAGCGAAAAAAAACCUAAGAGACGGUAGCUCUCCAGGAACAGGGUUGGAGAGCCCUGGCUAUGACUUUCUAGAUUUCUUUGACUGUGCAGUAAACACAUGUAAGCACCUGAAGGUGUCAGAGCAGCCCCAUAAUCUGUAUAAUCAGCCUGUAUAAAAACGAAAUAUGCUUUUCUGCUGAAAUCUGUGUAAAAGACUGAAAGGAAUGUGAGUCUUAUUUACUACAUUUAGUUAUUGCUUGCUUUUCUAAAGUCUACCAACCUUGCCAGCAGGCAUGCCAGCUAAUAUAGUUCAACAAGUUAGCUACUCUAACUUGAUUGAUAGCCUGAAAUGGCUUCUUGGUAGCUAGUUAUGAGGUUGGGACAUAAGGAACUAUCUGGACUAGCUAAAGCCAACUUCAUAAAAUUGCUAGGUAGCUAGUAGUAUUACAGAGAAACAAACAAACAAAUUUAACAUUUAAAAAAUAAAUAAAACAUGACAAAUCUGAGGGGGCAUGUGCCCCUGUGGUGCCUAUAGGCAUGACGACUGUGUUUGUGUGUUUACUUGUUUGUUUGUUUGUUUGUUUUGAUGAAUAUUCAUUACAAUGAUAAUAUUUCAAAGGAACAACUUAAAGGGGAAAUUUGUGAUUGACACAUCCAUUUUUUUACUUUAAGUUAAUUAUAUAUAACCAUUGAUUUGUAGAGAGUAUAAUUUAUUAUUCAGUUAAACUGUUGUACUCCAACAGAAAUCUAAAAUGUAAGAUUGUUUCACUCCAUUGUUUGUAAACAAUGUAAUUGUAAACAAACAUUGUAUAGCUUAAAAACAUGUUCAAAACUUUAAUGUUGAUCUCAUGGAUGGUCAGUCCUUGAAUGAUUCCAUAGCUACAGUAUGUACAGUGCAUUUGGAAAGUAUUCAGACUUCUUGACUUUUUCCACAUUUUGUUACGUUACAGCCUUAUUCUAAAAUUGAUUGUUUUUUAAAUAAUCCUCAUCAAUCUAAACACAAUACCCCAUAAUGACAAAGGGAAAACAGGUUUAAAGUGUUUGCAAAUUUAUGCAAAUGUAUUACAAUGUUUGCAAAUUUAUUACAAAUAAAAAACAGAAAUACCUUAUUUACAUAAGUAUUCAGACCCUUUGCUAUGAAACUUGAAAUUGAGCUCAGGUGCAUCCUGUUUCCAUUGAUCAUCCUUGAGAUGUUUGUACAACUUGAUUGGAGUCCACCUGUGGUAAAUUCAAUUGAUUGGACAUGAUUUGGAAAGGCACACACCUGUCUAUAUAAGGUCCCACAGUUGACAGUGCAUGUCAGAGCAAAAACCAAGCCAUGAGGUCUAAGGAAUUGUCCCUAGAGCUCAGAGACAGGAUUGUUUCGAGGCACAGAUCUGGGGAAGAGUAUCAAAACAAAUUCUGCAGCAUUGAAGGUUCCCAAGAUAAGAGUGGCCUCCAUCAUUCUUAAAUGAAAGAUGUUUAGAACCACCAAAACUCUUCCUAGAGCUGGCCGCCCGGCCAAACUGAGCAAUUGGGGGAGAAGGGCCUUGGUCAGGGAGGUGACCAAGAACCCGAUGGUCACUCUGACAGAGCUCCAGUGUUUCUCUGUGGAGAUGGGAGAACCUCCAGAAGGACAACCAUCUCUGCAGCACUCCACCAAUCAGGCCAUUAUGGUAGAGUGGCCAGACGGAAGCCACUCCUCAGUAAAAGGCACAUGACAGACUGCUUGGAGUUUGCCAAAAGGACUCUCAGACCAUGAGAAACAAGAUUAUCUGGUCUGAUGAAACCAAGAUUGAACUCUUUCGCCUGAGUGCCAAGCGUCAUUUCUGGAGGAAACCUGGCACCAUCCCUACUGUGAAGCAUGGUGGAGGCAGCAUCAUGCUGUGGGGAUGUUUUUCAGAGGCAGGGACUGGGAGACUAGUCAGGAUUGAGGGGAAGAUGAACGGAGCAAAGUACAGAGAGAUCAUUGAUGAAAACCUGAUCCAGAGAACUCAGGACCUCAGACUGGGGUGAAGGUUCACCUUCCAACAGGACAACGACAUCUCUGGAGAGACCUGAAAAUAACUGUGCAGCGACGCUCCCCAUCCAGCCUGACAGAGCUUGAGAGGAUCCCCAAAUACAGGUUUGCCAAGCUUGUAGCAUCAUACCCAAGAAGACUUGAGGCUGUAAUCGCUGCCAAAGGUGCUUCAUAAAGUACUAUGUAAAGGGUCUGAAUACUUAUGUAAAUGUGAUAUUUCCGUUUUUUUAUUUUUUAUAUAUUUGCAAACAUUUCUAAAAACCUAUUUUUGCUUUGUCGUUAUGGGGUAUUGUGUGUAAAUCAUUUAAUCAAUUUUAUAAUAAGGCUGUAACGUAACAAAAUGUGGAAAAAGUCAAGGGGUCUGAAUACUUUCCGAAUGCACUGUAUAUGAAUAUGGAGCCAACAAGGUUAAAAAUCUGUCGCAGUGCCCUUGAGCAAGGCACUUAACCCCAAUUGCUCCAGGGGCGUUGGACAAUGUUGACCCUGGCCAUGACCCACUCCCUGCGGGUGUCUUAGGGGGAGUUGGGAUAUGCAAGAAACACAUUUCCAUUACAAACUUGAACAAGUAAACACCCACAAGUGUGUAACAGGACUAAUAUAAGAACCUCCCCCCAAAAUUAUAAUUAUAAUUGGUGGUUACAUUUCUCCAGCCCCAUCCCUCAGCUGUUUACCCAAACAGUGGUGGGGUGCACCCUUUUUUAUUGUUUGAACUGCAGAUUGCCACUUUGACUAUUCAGGUUGAUUUUGAGUGAAAGCACACCACCUUGACUAAUAACAAUACUAUUUCUGUCUUUCUACAGACGAGGAUAUUGAGCUAACAGAAUAUGACUAUUCAGACUACUACAAUGACACACAAGGGUCAUAUACAUCAGAGGGUCAGCCAUGCAACAAUGGCAAUGUGAAGGCGUUUGGACGGGUGUUUCUGCCUACACUCUACAGCCUGGUUUUCAUCGUGGGCGUCAUCGGUAACGGCCUGGUGGUCUGUGUCCUGGUGAAGUUCAGGAGGGCCAGCAGCAUGACAGACCUCUGUCUCUUCAACCUGGCUCUGUCCGACCUUCUCUUCGUCAUCCUCCCUGCCUUUCUGGUCCCACUACGCCACCGCAGCCGAGUGGCUCAUGGGGGACUUUAUGUGCCGACUGGUAACCGGACUGUACAUGCUGGGGUUUUAUGGCAGCAUCUUCUUCAUGUUGAUCUUGACAGUGGAUCGCUAUGUGGUCAUAGUCCACGCUCACACCAUGGCCAAGUACAGAUCAGUCAGAGUAGGGGUCGCUCUGUCUCUGUUCAUGUGGGCUCUCAGUCUCUGUGCCUCUUUGCCUACAAUCAUCUUCACAAAAGUAAAAAAUGAGUCCGGGUUUACAACAUGUAAACCAGAGUAUCCAGAGGGUAGCAUGUGGCGUCAGGUUUCUUAUUUAGAGAUGAAUGUCUUGGGUCUACUUCUCCCCCUCUUCGUCAUGGUGAUCUGCUAUUCUAGGAUCGUUCUGAUGUUAGUUAAUAUCAAAAGCACUAAAAAGCACAAAGCCAUUAAACUGAUAUUCAUCAUAGUAGUGGUCUUUUUCUGCUUUUGGACCCCAUACAAUGUUGUAAUUCUCCUGCGUUAUCUGGAGACACAGAACUAUUUUGGGGACUGUACAAUUCACAAGAACAUAGAUCUGGCAAUGCAGUGGACAGAGGUGAUAGCGUUCACACACUGUUGUUUGAAUCCGAUCAUCUACGCCUUUGUAGGGCAGAAAUUCAUGAGUAAUGUCCUGAAGUUACUAAGAAAAUGGAUGCCAAUGUGCUUCGCCAGGCCUUAUGCUAGUGAGUGGUCUGAACGAAGAAGCUCAGUCUAUUCCAAGUCUUCUGAAAUAACAUCUACAAGAUUGCUGUAG